CGCCAGAUUCACGAGUUCUUCUCAUUUCUGUCUGAUUGCCGGUGGCUCUGACUACACCAAAAGGGCUCAGGAUGCUACUGUUGCAAGCUCUCCUGUGCCUUUUAAUCCUGCCCAGUCAUGCCGAGGAGGUGGCUGCAACUGAAGACCUAGCUCCUACUUUGGUCCCUCCACCCAAGGGAACGUGUGCAGGUUGGAUGGCAGGCAUCCCAGGACACCCUGGCCACAACGGGACACCAGGCCGUGAUGGCAGAGAUGGCACUCCUGGAGAAAAGGGAGAGAAAGGAGAUCCAGGUCUUCUUGGUCCUAAGGGUGAGACAGGAGAUGCUGGAAUGACAGGAGCUGAAGGACCCCGGGGCUUUCCCGGAAUCCCAGGCCGGAAAGGAGAACCCGGGGAGGCCGCUUAUGUCUAUCGUUCAGCAUUCAGCGUGGGGCUGGAGACCCGCGUCACUGUCCCCAAUGUUCCCAUUCGCUUUACUAAGAUCUUCUACAACCAACAGAACCACUAUGAUGGCAGCACCGGCAAAUUCUACUGCAACAUUCCAGGACUCUACUACUUCUCCUACCACAUCACGGUGUACAUGAAGGACGUGAAGGUGAGCCUCUUCAAGAAGGACAAAGCCAUGCUCUUCACCUACGACCAGUAUCAGGAAAAGAACGUGGACCAGGCCUCUGGCUCUGUGCUGCUCCACCUGGAGGUGGGGGACCAAGUCUGGCUCCAGGUGUAUGGGGAUGGGGACCACAAUGGCGUCUAUGCAGAUAAUGUCAACGACUCCAUAUUCACAGGCUUCCUUCUGUACCAUGAUACCAACUGAUUGCCACUAACUCAGAGCUGCCCGUAGCCCAAUCGCCCCAAGAAUCAGAGAACGGGCAACAAGUUGAGAGAUUGAUUUUAUUGCUUAGUUUGAGGGUUCUGAAUAUUAUCCACAAGAGUACUCAUUCGUUCAUUAAAUGACUUUAUAAAAAAUA